AUGGCCAUCGACCUGUCUGAGACCGGCUCGGGCUCACAUCUUCCGCCGCUCAUCCUAUGGCUGGCGACACUAUCGGCGCUGUUCUCGACUGCAUUGAGCAUCUGGACGAUUCAAUUGCAACUCAAGAACUAUCGCAAGGUCAGCUUGCAAAGAUGGGUCGUUCGCAUCCUCGUCAUGGUGCCAAUCUAUUCAAUCGCGUCCGCGGUAUCGCUCUAUUCUCUGGAUGCGGCAUUCUUCAUCGACGCUAUUCGUGACAUUUACGAGGCCUUUGUCAUCUACUGCUUCUUCUCGCUGCUGGUCGAGUACCUCGGCGGCGAGAGAUCGCUCAUCAUCCUCUUGCAUGGGCGAGAGCCAACACCUCAUCCCUGGCCAGUCUCGGUCUUCCUCGAACCCAUGGACAUAUCGGAUCCAUAUACAUUUCUUGCGCUCAAGCGGGGCAUCUUGCAAUAUGUCCAGAUCAAGCCAGUCCUCGCUAUACUGACUAUGCUGCUCAAAGCAGUCGGCAGCUACGGAGAUGGACAACUGAAGGCUACCAAUGGAUAUACAUACAUUUCGGUCGUCUACAACAUAUCGCACGUUUGGGCUAACAUUCGGCCUCAUAGAAUCACGCUAUGUCUGUACUGCCUGGCGAUGUUUUGGGUCUGCCUGAGUCACGACAUACAACCUUUCAGGCCGCUCCCUAAAUUUCUCUGUGUCAAGGGAAUCGUCUUUGCUACUUUCUGGCAAGGUUUCAUGCUCUCCAUCCUCGUCAGCUCAGGCGUCAUCUCCUCGCCAUCCUACACCAAGGAGACGCUUUCUAUUGCACUUCAAGACAGUUUGAUCGCAUUCGAGAUGCCUUUCUUUGCCAUCUUGCAUCUCUACGCAUUCUCGCAUAAAGACUAUAUAGACAAGCACAAUCAGUAUGCCGGUCGCUUGCCGGUCAUCUAUGCGCUACGCGACUCCUUGCUCGGCUACAAGGACGUCAUGCAAGACUCGCUCACGACCGUCAGAGGCACUGGCUUCAGCUACCGUACCUUUGAGCCGGCAGAAGGUGGCUUGCAUCAGGGUCAAGGAAGAGAUCGCCGUGUCCUCGCAGGCCUCAGGUAUGCGAAAGGUGGUAAGCAAAAGUACUGGCUUCCCAUGCCGGGUCAAGACGUUGGCGAAGCAUACGGUCGACGGCCUGCGCAGAUUGCACCGGGCGUGGACGACGGCGAGAGCAAAGCGCUCAUGACCUGGCACAAUGCCAAACACCCCAUCGCAGCUGCUCGUCGGAUCAUUAGCGAAGCCAGACGGCUGCAAGAGGGCUAUGCGCCAAUAUCGCCGGAGCAAGCAAGCAACGUUGUCCAUCGCGACUCGUCCGCGUCGAGCCGUGAACGGCCAGAGACUGCUCACUGGGAGCAGACGGGCAUAGAUGGAAAUGUCGCGCUGGACGAAAGUGAUUCGGACGCGAGUGAGCUUGGCUUCGACAAGCUGGGCGAGGAGGAAGAGACUCUGUACCGGGAAGCAAAGAAGCUGGAAUUUGGGGACUACAAUUUCCCUGUGCUUGACGCGAGUCGAGAGCGAGCAAGGCGAGAAAUGCGCCAGCAAGAAGACGCGCUCAUCUAUGGUCGUCGGCAUCGCCACAAGGCUCGCAGGAACAGUUCCACGCCCCAGAGACCUCCCAUCAUUUCCCGCAAUUCGAAGACGACCUUGCUUGGUAACGAGAUCGUUCCAGAAGAGGCCUCUUCGAGCGUGUCUGGUUCAUCGUUGCAUUCUCAAGGAAGCAGCACGGUAGCAAAGGGCAAGGCGAAGCAGAAGGAGCCUUUGCCCGAAGGCUGCAUCGACCUCCUCGUGGAGGAUGCAGAGGAAGAAGAGGAAGAGGAGUCGAGGAUCAGACGGAAAGGCGAGCCCAACUUCCGAGCCGGCCAUCGCAAGAAAGUCUUCAGACGGCAAUACCGAGCGCCCUCGCCGCCAGCACGGACAGAGGAAGAGACUGGCUUUGUGCGAUCGCCAGGCGACACAGCUCUGACGCUGCCUGCAGACCGAGCCAGUCUACCGCCGCAAGGUGAGGCAAGUCCCAAGACGGCUUCUGGACCGGGUAACGAAGCCGAGAGCAAGUACGGCGUCCAAGGCGUAGGCAAUGCAGAGGCUGAUGAUGUGAGUGUAGCCAGCAUGCAUGCUUGUUGUACUGCUAAUUACAUGACGAUGCAUACAAGACUGCCUGCCAAGCACAGAGCUCUCUCUCUCUCUCUCUCUCUCUCUCUCUCUCUAUGA